AUGGCGUCCGAGCCGCUCAUCAGUAAUGACGCGACCACGCAGCACCGUGCGGAAAGGCCAGGCUUGAAGAAAAUACCGCCUUACUGGUACCCAUUUACUACGAUGGCGAAGGGCCGCUGGUUGGGUCGAGAGCUCCUAGAGAUGGUAUCGACCGAGUUUCGUGAUCGCUCUAUGGAAUACUAUAGAUACGCCCUAGAAUCCGGAGUCACCACGAUCAAUGGCAAGAUAGCGAAGCCUGGAACGAUUAUCAGAAAUGGAGACCGCAUAGAGAAUGUAGUGCAUCGGCAUGAGCCACCGGUCACGUCGACGCCCGUCCGUAUUGUGCAUCGCGACGAAGAGCGCGGGUUCAUCAUCAUCGACAAGCCUGGAUCAAUACCGGUCCAUGCGGCUGGGCGGUAUAUGCGCAACAGCUUGGCUGAGAUCCUUAAAAACGACUUCGGCAUGAAGAAAGUUUACACAAUCAACAGGCUGGACCGACUCACUUCUGGGAUGAUGAUCAUUCCUCUCAAUGCGUCACUAGCAAAAACCUUGACACAAGAGUUCACGGAUGGCAAGGUUCAGAAGGAAUACAUAGCACGCUGCAGAGGUCAAUUCCCAGAAAACGAGGUCACUUGCGGCGAGCCACUACUCACAAUCGAUAGGCAGAUGGGCUUGAACGUCGUUCAUCCCGAGGGCAAGCCAGCAAAAACGAUAUUCAGACGUCUCCAUUAUGACGCAAACACUGACACAAGCGUCGUGCAUUGUCGUCCACUGACAGGUCGCUCCCACCAAAUACGGGUGCAUCUUCAGUACCUUGGGUUUCCUGUCGCUAAUGAUCCCGUAUACUCGGAGACCAAAAUUUGGGGCGAGCAACUAGGCAAGGGAGGUGUCGAUAUGACACCUAGUGAGGAGCGUGCCGCUCCUGCCCCUCCGAAGGAGUCUGGCUUUUCUGCCGCCGAUAAUCCAGAGCUCCUAACAAAAAACCUCUCUGCCCAGCAAACCCGUCCUUCCUCAUCUGACAACUCAAGUACCACUGCUGAGCAAGACGAAGGCCACGGAGUCGAAAGUACCAGCGGGGCUUCUGAUGCACCGACGUCUACUCCCAAGCUUCUGCCCCGCGAGACCGGUCACGAUAUCGGAAUGGGUUCGCCCGUCCCGCUGUCCGCCGAUAUGGUUGGAAUCAUCACGAGGCUUCGCAAUAUGAAGGACGAAGACGAAGAUUGGAGUCGCUGGCGGGACGUCGUCUUCCGUGCCAAGGGUGCUCUAUCGCCCUACGGCGCCAAUGUGCCCUUGCCGCCGCAGAACAGGCGGAAAAGAGGCGGGCCGGCGCAGACGCCUAUCUCCAACGAGGACAGUGCGGAUGCACCGAGCGGUAAGGAUGACAGCACUGAUGCUGCUGACAACGAGGCCCCUCAGGUGGAGGAGCAGCCGCCUCAGCUGACGGUGGAAGAAGCGCUUGCGAAGCUCGAGUCUUUCCGCAUCCCACCGCCGUCACCAGUAUUGUGUCCACCAGCAGACUCGCCCGCCCUGCUGCCUACUUCUUUGUCGGACUCGGUACCCGCGCCGACUGCAGAGGCGCCUGCCGAAGUCGAUGCAGCUUCAUAUUGCCCAGAAUGUUACUUGCCGCUGCACCCUGAUCCAAAACCGGAGCGUCUGUACAUCUUCUUGCAUGCCUUGCGGUAUACCACUAGCUUGGGUUCGUUCGAGACCGAAAUGCCAGAAUGGGCGGCGAAAGGGUGGACUUGGGAUAGGUCGUGA